CUCUCUCUAACAAUGGCUUCGACUCUGAGCGGCGAUGAGAGAAGCGAGAUAGCGUUUUUCGACCUAGAGACGGCGGUUCCGACCAAAUCAGGGCAGCCUUUUGCGAUUUUGGAGUUUGGGGCUAUCUUAGUUUGUCCUAGGAAGCUAGUGGAGCUCUAUAGUUACUCAACUUUGGUUCGACCCACUGAUCUUUCUCUCAUCUCAACGCUCACGAAGCGACGUAGCGGCAUUACGCGCGACGGAGUCCUCUCAGCACCUACAUUCUCUGAAAUCGCCGAUGAGGUCUACGACAUUCUUCACGGACGAAUUUGGGCGGGACAUAACAUAAAGAGAUUCGAUUGUGUAAGAAUAAGAGAUGCAUUUGCAGAAAUUGGUCUCUCUCCGCCAGAGCCGAAAGCUACAAUUGAUUCGCUUUCAUUGUUGUCUCAGAAGUUUGGGAAGAGAGCUGGUGAUAUGAAGAUGGCAUCACUUGCUACAUACUUCGGGCUAGGAGAUCAAGCUCACAGGAGCUUAGAUGAUGUCCGGAUGAAUCUUGAAGUUGUCAAGUACUGUGCAACCGUCUUGUUUCUGGAGUCCAGUGUCCCUGACAUUCUUACAGACAUGAGCUGGUUUUCCCCACGAAAAAGUCCCAGAACACGACGAAGUAAUGAGAAGUCAGUGCGUGAUGGAGUCAGAGAAAGCUCAACUUCUUCCUCCUCGAGUCCUAAAACUGAUCCGAGUUUGUCUUCCGCGGAUGCCGCAAUCGUCAAAAACCAUCCCAUCAUUUCUCUUCUGACGGAAUGCUCAGAAAGUGAUACAUCUAGUUGCGAAAUAGAUCCAUCUGAUAUAACCACUUUAAUAAGUAGACUACAUAUUGGAACUCUUCAGACUGAUGCUGCAGACGAAGCGAAAACUGUAAGACAGCAGGAUGAAUCACCUCCAUCACCUGAUCCCGAUGCAAAGGAUGAAUCAUUUUUGGGUGUUAAUGAAGUAUCUGUUUCUAGCAUCAGGGCAAGUCUUAUCCCGUUUUCCCGUGGGAGCCUGAGAAUGAAGCUGUUUCACAACGACACCCCUCUACAUCUGUGUUGGUAUAGCUUAAAAAUUCGGUUUGGAAUAAGCCGGAAGUUUUUGGAUCAUGCAGGUCAUCCAAGGUUAAAUAUUGUUGUCGACAUAUCUCCUGAUUUAUGCAAGAUCUUGGACGCAGCUGAUGCUGCUGCGCAUAACUUACCAAUUGACUCAAGCACAAACUCAGAUUGGAGGCCUACUGUUAUAAGGAAAGAAGGCUUUGCCAACUAUCCCACAGCCAGACUGCAAAUAAGCUCAGAAUCCAAUGGGGAUGAUGUCCGGUGUGGAACCCAGGUAUAUCAAAAAGAAGAACCUUUGGGAACCAAUCAAAAGAUCGAUUUCAGUAGCGAUAACUUUGAAAAGCUUGAGUCAGCAUUACUUCCUGGUACCCUGGUUGAUGCAUUCUUCGCACUCGAGCCUUACGAUUAUCAGCAAAUGGCAGGGAUACGUCUAGCAGCCAGAAAGUUGGUAAUCCAUUGGACAAAAUGAUCUAGCGAAGGAAAAACCAUGCCUCUGUAUCUUCCUGUUCAGUCAGUGAGUCACUUUUGGUCAUUCCCUUUUUGUAGAUGCAUGUAAUAUUAAGGACAAUCUUAGUCUCUGUUAAUUCGUGAGCGAUUGGUAGCUGAGAAGAAGGAAGUUAGUAUGUUAAAUGCACUGUCUUGUACUGACCAAUGGUUACACCAAACCCAUAAUGUAAUAGUCAUCCUGAUUCCAGUCUAAUUUUAUGGAUGCUCUUGAUUUUCUUCGGAAGUUAGUAGUGUCCAACAAGUUCAAGUGUCAGAAACUUGAAUAUAACAGUUACGAGCAA